UGAAGCUUUUUCCGUCGAGAUGCCUCGAGGAAAGUCCCAUCGUCGAUCGGAAGCUGCAAAAAGGAGAGUAGAGGCAGUCCGGCUCGAACGAGUUGGGAUACCCAAGGCCUCCAGCGACUUUGAACCACAGCGUGGCACAGGCGUGCGGCACGCUGUGCGAAAAUGGCCAGUUAGUGAAGUGACUAAUCACUGUCACAAGCUGGUCGUUCCAGAGGGAUUGCCCAAUAAGAAAUUUGUUCUUCUGAUUGGUGCGUCCCACUUGCGCUCUUUGGUGGACGGCAUUGUUGAGAUGGCAAGCGGCUGCUUGCAGUUUGGAUUUAUUUCGACUCCUGGUGCUCACGCAGCCGACCUGCGUCUCGAGGUGUUGAAUGCCGUCGUACCUCGAGAGCCUGACGCUGUCUGCGUCAUGGCUCCAUCAAACAACCUUACGGCCAGUCGUCACCCAGAAGAAGCCGGACAGGAAUUUGAGCGGUACCUAUUGGCUGUCUGUUCUCGUUGGCCUAAGGUUUUUUGUACCGGCUUCGUCCCCCGCCUGACUGAGUCCAGAGAGAAGCAGGAGUGGUUCCAGCAGGAAUUCCACCGCAGGUCGGCAAAGCUAGGGAUUCGGUACUAUCCAAUCGCUGACAACUUUCCUCUGGGCCGUCGCCAUCUGUGGUGUCCUGAUGGCAUCCACUUGAGCGAUGACCACGGGAUGCAUAUCCUCAAAGAACUGAUUUGGAUGUUUUCCUAUCAGUUCCUGGAGUUGUCAGCACCAAAGCCACUGGUGCAAAGUCCGGCAACUCCUCCUUACAAACCGAGGUUUGCGCCCCGUGUGGUAGUUAAGGGACAGGAACGUUCUCGUCCUUCUUCUCCUCUCCCUACCGAAUGGACGCUCGUGAGAUCCGGCAGGAAGAGGAACCUCUCGGGAGAAUCCGACUGUUUGUCUGAUUCACCCAAGAAAAGAGUGGUUCAUCACCAGCGGGACGACACUCCUGUGGCUUUAUCGGAGUGUGCCAUCCCGUCCAAUCCUGUCCGUUUCUCACCCGCUAUCUUGGUGGCCAUGGAAACAGUCUCUCCAUCGGCCGUUCCAGAUGUUCGCACAGGCACCGAGACAAAGCCUGUGGAACAUCAAAAAAAACCAGCUGUCUCAAAGUCUAGGCGCACGAGACAGAAAGUUUCUCCUGUAUCUUGUGUAACUCCUGCUACUAACACUGUUGUGCUUAAGCUGCCCAGGUUGCUGGUGUCUGAUGCUCGUCCUGCUUGUCCUCCUGUGGCGUCUGACUCUCCUGCUUCGGGACCUGCCUGUCGCUUGGAGGUUCCUUCUGGCCAGGGGACGACUGAGGACGUGGCCGACUUCCAGCGCACGCAAACAUCACCCAAAGGUCAGGCUGUUAACCCCGUUCCUUGCAGGUGUUCAACGGGGCUGCCACCGUCUCUUGUUGCAGGGACAUUUUUUGGUACUAAUCACUCUAGCUCUGAUACCAUAAUGUCAUGUAGUGUUGUAGCAGCAAUAAAACACCACAUUUCUCCCGUCUGUACCUGGAAGACGUCAGAUGUAGAUGAAGUCGGUGUAGAAGGUCGGAAGUUGGCGGAAUAUGUUGCUCGAGAGAGACCAAACAGAGGUCCAAAGCCGGAGUUGUGCAAGCUGGUUGAAGAUCUGACUAUUUUUGGUCGAAAGUGGAAAGUAGUAACUGGAAACAUUGUGUUUGGGACAUUUGGUUUUGAGCAGGAAGAGGAACUGUAUGAAAUAUUAAAUAAGUACUUGUUGAGAGAUGGAAUGUGUAUCUUUAGUCUUCAUGGUGCAACUAGCUUGAUAAUCCAGCAUGGACUCUACUUUGUCGUCGUGGACUUUGGAACACGGAAUUCACAGGGGUUGGCAUCUCAGUUCGGUACGUCGGUAGUCGUGUUUAACACGUGUUUAAAUGAUUUAAUGAUUCACCUUCUUAACCUCAGGGAAUCAUUAAAUGCGACCGAGUACGGAAUCUUUGCUAUUUCUGUACAAGAGAUGUACAGUAAUGUGGAGACAUGUGCAGCAGUUACUGCUGACAGACAGGCUACAGAUGCAUGCCAUAGUGCAAGUAGCCAUGUCGCAUCACUCAGUGGAUCGUUUCAUCAGGGUGAUGUUAAGUUUAAAUAUGCCGGGGUUCAGUGUACAGCCAUAAGUGCUGUUGCUUUAACAAAGCACACACUGGACAGCGUUUUUUCAUGGAAUGCUGACAUAUUGGAUGAUGUAGUUGUUUUGGGUGAUCAGCUAUAUACAUUUUUGCGUGACAACAAUUUAAUCAGUGGUGGAAGUCAGCUUCUCUCUGUUCCAGACUUGCCUAAAAAGAUGCAUGUUGAUGGGCAAAGUUUUGAGUAUGCUUAUGGGGACUAUGUUGCUGGAGCUAUUGAUACACUGGAUCCAGAUCUUCUUGAAUCAGGUGUGCACACUAGUCUUUGGGAUGGACUCAGUAAGAUGUGUGCAAAAUAUGAAACCAACUUUAUUACAAUAAGUGGCAGUACUUGUGCCCUUAUUAGUUCUAAUGGACGUUAUGCUGUUGUGGACUCUCAUGCACGUAACACCGACGGCAUGGUACAUGCAACUGGAAAGAGUGUUGUCCUUUACUUCAACACUCUUGAUGAUGUUUUUGUGUACAUUGAAAGGUUUUCUGGUCAACUGAAUGUCACUCCCAAAUUAUUUGAGAUCAGUGGAGUUGAUAUUGUUCAGACAGGCUCAAGUAAAAUUGCAUCUGAACAUGUAGCUGCUGUUCCAGGGAGCAGCAGUGGUGUUUUUGAUCACACCUUUACAGGUGUUGACAUGCAGGACGAUUCUUGUGGAGAACAUUCAUCCCAACUUGACAUGUCAGACAUGGAUGAUGAUGUAGUUGUUACUGGUGUCCAAAGUAAGGUAUUGUAUUUUAACCCUGUCUCUGAAGAGAUUGCGCGGUCACUGUGUGGAAAGUUGAAUGUGGAGUAUCAACGGGCAAAUUCUGUAUCUUGUGUGGUCGGGGAACUGGGUGUGCCUUGUCUGACGGAAAAAAUUGUUGGAGAUGGAAACUGCUUUUUCAGAGCACUUAGUCAAGCCAUCAGUGGUACCCAGAAAAAUCAUCGCAAAAUUAGGCUUGCUGUUGUUAAACAGUUACAAAGGAAUUCUCACACAUAUGAUAGUAUUUUAAGAAGUGAGUAUUCCUCCAUAUCACAAUAUAUUGCUGUUUCAAGAAUGCAAUAUGUUGGCAGUUGGGCAACUGAAGUAGAAAUUAAGGCUUCAGCUGAUUAUUUUGGUGUUAACAUUUUCACAUUUUGUGACGAUAAAUGGCUUGAAUACAGUUCUUUGAGUAGUUUGUCCAAUCAUGCUCUUUAUUUGCAAAAUAUUAGCGGUAAUCAUUAUGAGACGGUUACUUGUGUGAAACAGCCUCGGUCACAAACAUGUUAUGGUUAUUGCAUGAAUAGCGAUCUUUCUGGGGAAUAUAAAACUCGGAAGCUCUUUGGUACUUGA